CACGCCCAAUCGGUCAAUGAAAGGCCGGCCUGAGCCCAACCCAACCUGUUUCUUCUUCCUACAUGGCAAAAUCCCCGCUUCUUCCGCAGAAACUUGGAAAACUACCUGUUUCCAUUUCGUUCCUUUCUGGUCAAGCCGACGUAGCGGUUUGCCGCCGUGUCUGGAAGGUCAAACCUCUUUGAGCGGAGGUGGAGGAGCGAUCUAGAUCGAGUAUCUGGCGAAGUGCGGGCGGCGUGGAGAUUCUCGCUUUGUAAUCUACAGAAAUGUCGAUGUCUGAUUCGGAUUCUUCAUCCGUCGGUGGAGAUUACAAGAAUUUCCGGCAGGCAACUCGGGAUCGUCUAUUGCAUGAAAUGCUUCGAUCAACUCGUGCAAAAGAUUCAAAAACUAGAUGGAAGGUACUUAUAAUGGAUAAGCUUACACUGAAAAUCAUAUCAUGUUCUUGCAAGAUGGCUAAUAUCACUGAAGAAGGGAUUUCAUUGGUCGAAGACAUUUACAAAAGAAGACAACCAAUGCCAUCAAUGGAUGCUAUUUACUUCAUACAGCCAACCAAAGAAAAUGUAGUUAUGUUCUUAUCAGACAUGUCAGGAAAGUCACCUCUGUAUAAAAGAGCUUUUGUGUUCUUCAGUUCACCUAUAUCUAAGGAGUUGGUCAUUCACAUCAAGAGUGAUGCAAGUGUACGACCUCGCAUAUCUGCAUUGAGUGAGAUGAAUUUGGAAUACUUUGCCAUCGAUAGUCAGGCCUUCAUUACUGAUCAUGAGAGGGCUUUGGAAGAGUUGUUUGGCGAUACUGCAGAAAUUUCUCUGGCACACAAUGCCAGCAUACAAACAAUUGCGACACGUAUUGCUACAGUAUUUGCUUCCUUGAAGGAAUUUCCUUAUGUUCGCUAUCGUGCUGCUAAGUCAAGCUUAGAUGCUUCGACCAUGACAAGUGUUCGUGAUUUAAUCCCAACAAAGCUUGCUGCUAUUGUUUGGCAUUGUCUUGCCAAAUAUAAGUCUUCAAUUCCUGAUUUCCCACAAACAGAGACCUGCGAAUUACUAAUUUUAGACCGAUCAGUCGACCAGAUUGCUCCAAUUAUUCAUGAAUGGACUUAUGAUGCUAUGUGCCAUGAUUUACUAAAUAUGGAUGGAAACAAAUUUGUUCAUGAGGUGCCAAGCAAAACAGGGUCAACAUCUGAAAAGAAGGAGGUUCUUUUGGAGGAUCAUGAUCCUAUCUGGGUUGAGCUUAGGCAUUCCCAUAUAGCAGAUGCUAGUGAAAGGCUUCAUGAGAAGAUGACCAACUUCAUAUCAAGAAAUAAAGCUGCGCAGAUUCACAAUUCAAGAGAUGGUGGCGAACUGUCAACUAGGGAUUUGCAAAAAAUGGUUCAAGCAUUGCCACAAUACAGUGAGCAGAUCGAUAAGCUUUCUCUUCAUGUUGAGAUAGCAGGGAAGAUUAACAAAGUGAUUAGGGAAGUUGGACUUCGAGAACUGGGACAACUGGAACAGGAUCUUGUCUUUGGAGAUGCUGGGACCAAAGACCUGAUCAAUUUCUUACGGACAAAUCAGAAUGUGACUCAUGAAAAUAAGCUUCGAUUAUUGAUGAUUUUUGCGGCUAUAUAUCCAGAGAAGUUUGAAGGUGAUAAAGGGGAGAAGUUGAUGCAGUUGGCAAGAUUAUCACCUGAUGACAUGAAUGCUGUUUAUAACAUGAGAUACUUGGCAUUACCUGAUCCCAAAAAGACAUCAGGAGGCUUUUCACUCAAGUUCGAGGUUCAUAAAAAGAAACAAGCAGCUAGGAAAGAAAGGAGUGAUGAAGAAGAGACUUGGCAACUUUCACGGUUUUACCCCGUUCUAGAGGUACUCAAUGCACUUAUAUUCAUGUUUAUUGUCUAUCAUGAAAUAAUAUCUAGACUUCUUCAGGUGCAUAUUCAUUCUUUUAGUUAUUUGAAAAUAGUUUUAAUGGCUUUUUCUUCUUAGUUAUACAUGACAUAA